GGCGGGCGCGGGCUCCUGAGGACGGCGCAGGGACUGGGCUCGAGCCCCGGCCCCCGGCCUGGCCGCCCUGCCUCGCUUCCGCCGCGGCGGGCAUGAGCCGGGCUCCGAGCCUCUGACUCCCGGGCGGCUGGACGUGGGCGCCCGGCAUGGGGGUGAACGCCGUGCACUGGUUCCGCAAGGGGCUGCGGCUCCACGACAACCCCGCGCUGAAGGAGUGCAUCCGGGGCGCCGACACCAUCCGCUGCGUCUACAUCCUCGACCCUUGGUUCGCCGGCUCCUCCAAUGUGGGCAUCAACAGGUGGCGAUUUUUGCUUCAGUGUCUCGAGGAUCUUGAUGCCAAUCUUCGAAAAUUAAAUUCUCGCCUGUUUGUGAUUCGGGGACAGCCAGCAGAUGUGUUUCCCCGGCUUUUCAAGGAGUGGAAUAUUACUAAACUUUCCAUUGAGUAUGAUUCGGAACCCUUCGGAAAGGAGCGGGAUGCGGCUAUUAAGAAGCUUGCUACAGAAGCUGGAGUAGAAGUCAUUGUACGAAUUUCACAUACCUUAUAUGACCUAGACAAGAUCAUAGAACUCAAUGGUGGACAGCCGCCUUUAACUUACAAAAGAUUUCAGACACUAAUCAGCAAAAUGGAGCCUCUGGAGAUUCCAGUGGAAACGAUUACUUCAGAAGUCAUAGAAAAAUGCAUGACUCCUUUGUCUGAUGACCACGACGAGAAAUACGGAGUCCCUUCCCUGGAAGAGCUAGGUUUUGACACUGAUGGCUUGCCCUCCGCAGUGUGGCCAGGAGGAGAAACUGAAGCACUGACACGUUUGGAAAGGCAUUUGGAAAGAAAAGCUUGGGUGGCAAACUUUGAAAGACCCCGGAUGAAUGCCAACUCCCUGCUCGCGAGCCCUACCGGGCUCAGCCCUUACCUCCGGUUUGGUUGUUUGUCCUGUCGGCUCUUUUACUUCAAGCUAACAGAUCUCUACAAAAAGGUAAAGAAGAACAGUUCUCCUCCUCUUUCUCUGUAUGGACAACUGUUAUGGCGUGAAUUUUUCUACACAGCAGCAACAAAUAACCCCCGUUUUGAUAAGAUGGAAGGAAACCCCAUCUGUGUGCAGAUCCCUUGGGAUAAGAACCCUGAGGCGUUAGCCAAGUGGGCCGAGGGCCGGACUGGCUUUCCGUGGAUUGACGCCAUCAUGACCCAGCUCCGCCAGGAGGGCUGGAUCCACCACCUGGCGCGGCACGCGGUCGCCUGCUUCCUGACACGAGGGGACCUGUGGGUGAGCUGGGAAGAAGGCAUGAAGGUAUUUGAAGAAUUACUGCUUGACGCAGACUGGAGCAUAAAUGCUGGAAGUUGGAUGUGGCUCUCUUGUAGUUCCUUUUUCCAGCAGUUUUUUCACUGCUAUUGCCCUGUUGGUUUUGGUAGGAGAACAGAUCCCAAUGGAGACUAUAUCAGGCGUUAUUUGCCUGUCCUACGAGGCUUCCCGGCAAAAUAUAUCUAUGAUCCCUGGAAUGCACCAGAAGGCAUCCAAAAAGUAGCCAAGUGUUUGAUCGGAGUGAAUUACCCCAAGCCGAUGGUGAACCACGCUGAAGCCAGCCGCCUAAACAUCGAGCGGAUGAAGCAGCUCUACCAGCAGCUCUCCCGGUACCGAGGGCUAGGUCUUCUUGCAUCAGUGCCUUCCAACCCUAAUGGCAAUGGAGGCCUAAUGGGCUACGCUGCCGGAGAGACUCUCCCAGGAGGCGGUGGUGGCGGAAGUUGUACCCCGGGGAGCAGCAUCUUACACUGUGCACACCAAGACGGUCAGCAGGCUCCACUGCUAAAGCCAGGACGAAGCUCCGGGGGGCCCGCACCGGGCAGUGGGAAGCGGCCCAGUCAGGAGGAGGACACACAGAGCAUCGGUCACAAGGUCCAGCGGCAGAGCACUACCUGACUGGUAACCCAUAGCUGAGGACAUUCGGAAGGAAUACUGCUACAGUGGAAAGUGAGGAGCAACCAGUACAUUUCAGUGGAAUUAUUUGAAAAUACUCUUCAUUGAUGGAAAAAGUUACAUUGAAUGCAUUAUUUUUUAUGA